AGCGGGACAGACCCGGAAGCGGAGCCAUGGAGGCGGCGGGCGAGGCGGCGCUACGGGACCCGGCGGGGCGCUUGCCCGGCGGCUUCUGGACGGCGGCCGGCGUGUGGCUGGAGCGGCCGCAGGUGGCCAACAAGCGGCUGAGCGGCGCCUGCGCGGAGCCGCCCCUCCGCCUCCCCAGAACGGGCGGCGCGGCCGGCGCGGCGGAGCGCGCCUGGCGGUCCUUCUGCGCAGGCGCGGGGGCCGCGGCUCUGGGGCUGGAGGGGCCGCUGGAGCUGGUGGUGCGCCGGCUGCUGCCCCGCCGCCCGCCGCCCGCCGCGGCCGUCCCGGAGCUGGUGGUGCGAGAUGUCCUUAACGGGUCACUGACCUUUCUGCCUUUGGAACAGACCCGCGAAGGCGAAUACAAGGUGAAGGUUGGCAAUAUUUAUCAGAUUCGGCUCCGGCACAUACGGGACGAUGAAUGGACUCUGUCGGUGCUCCUGAAUCCAGAAAAAUAUGUUCCUGAUGGAAUCGUAUAUCCUAAAGCAACGUGGCUCGGAAGUGAAUUGCUUUCUAAACUGGUUAAAUGGUCUACGGAGAUCACAAAAAAUGAAUUUAAGAGUACGCUCUCUCUAAUUUCUGUGGCUAGAUACAGCAAGGUUUAUCAAGAUUUAAAGGAAAAGUACAAAGAGAUGGUUAAAGUUUGGCCUGAAGUAACAGAUCCUGAAAAGUUUGUGUAUGAGGAUGUUGCUAUAGCUACUUACUUACUGAUCCUUUGGGAAGAUGAGAGAGCUCGGAGAGGCCUGGCCGAGAGGCAGUCUUUUGUGGACCUUGGCUGUGGAAAUGGACUCCUAGUUCAUAUUUUAAGUAACGAGGGGCAUUCGGGAAAAGGAGUCGAUGUCAGGAGAAGGAAAAUAUGGGACACGUACGGCCCACAGACCCGCCUGGAGGAAAGUGCCAUUAACCCAAACAACCUUUAUCCAGAUGUUGACUGGCUAAUUGGGAAUCACUCUGACGAGUUGACGCCCUGGAUACCCGUAAUGGCAGCCAGGUCGUCGUAUUCUUGUCGCUAUUUUCUGCUGCCUUGCUGCUUUUUUGACUUCUAUGGGAAAUACAACCGGAGGCGGAGUCAGACGAGCCAGUACAGGGAAUAUCUUGAUUUCGUGACGGAAGUCGGGGCCGUAUGCGGCUUUAAAGUAGAAGAAGAUUGCCUCAGAAUUCCUUCCACAAAAAGGGUCUGUCUGAUCGGGACGUCCAGAACCUGUCCGGCGGCAGAGGCCGCUGCGCUCGCGGAGGAGAGAAGGGGCUACAUCAGAAGGCGCCAGCCCCACCACCUGAGCCGGGCAUCGGACAAAGGCUUUCCCUCACACCCCCGGGAGGAAGGUCUCUCGGCUGCAGCGGAGGCCGUCGGUCAGCGGCUGUGCGAAGAGGCCCCCUGGGAGAGGGAGGGCAGGACUGCCUUGCCCUCUGGGUUUCUGCCUCGGGGCAAGGAGCAGGUCAGGAACUGCACCGCCCUCCCGCGUGCCUUCGUGGACCGGGUGGCCUUGCAAGUAGCCCACCUGCUGCUGAGGGAGGCGGAAGGGAGCCUCCGCGGACCCUCCAGCCCCUGGAACGGAGGAGAGAGUCUUCCCUUGAGUGAAAUUGCGGGACAUUUAGACAAGGACACAUUGAAAACUCUGAAGAGGGAAUACGGAGGCCUACAGACCUUGCUUAGAAAUAAUUAUCAGGUAUUUAAAGUCCAACAUGGGAAAGUUUGCAUCCGCAACUGGAGAGAAGAGGAGAGGCCCAGGAAGCAGAGGAGAGCCCGUCUCCCUUCUGAAGCUACAAAAACUCGGUUGUGCUGGUUCGACCAGCAUCACCCUCAAGGCUGCCCUCUGCCCUCGGCCUCCUGCUCUUAUGCCCAUGGAGCCACCGAGCUGAACCAAAGACGAAUCACGCCGGGCAAUAAAGAGCUGCUACUUCAACUUUGCUAAAUAAAAAGUCACAAGCAGCUUCA